AUGGCACUUCUAUAUAACGCAGGAUGCAGUGAAUCUGAAGAAGACUUCACUAAGUGUAAGGUUAAUACAUGUUUGAUACGAGGAGGUAAAUUUCAUACAUUGCACUGUGUUCCUGCAUUUGAGAAAGUUGAUGUAGUAGAUUCUUCAGAUGAUAAUUCAAAGGACAUUUUAAAAAAUAUAUUUAAAUAUAAGCCUUCUUAUACAUCUAAAGUAAAAAAAUCUGAAGUAAAAUCUAAAGUAACUAUUUUAUCAAAGAGUAAGGAUGAUGGUAUUUUGUUUUUAUAUGAUUUUUAUUUGCCUAUUAAACAUUAUUCUGGAGCAUUGUCUACUACUUAUCAUUCAAAAACAUUUUUAUGCCGUAUUAAAACGGUAAACCAAAAAAUAACAUUAUGUGAAGUAGUGGAUCCAUAUCAUAUAGGAAGGACUCUUUCAUUUCAUUCUUUUGAUAUUUCUAAUAAAAAAAGAGAAAAAAGUAAAAUUGGUUUAAAUAAUAUACAAAAUCCCAGGCACUUUGAUUUAAGAUAUAAAUAUAAAGAUACUCAUAUAAGUAGAGAUAAAUGUCAUUAUGUAACAAUAGAAAAUACUUCGGAACAAAUUUGUAGAUACUCUAUAUGCACAAAGGAUGAUAAUGAUCACUUCUCAUGUGCAGAUGCAAAAUUUAAUGGAAAAUUAUUUCAUUUACAAGAUCAUUCCCCACUUAGUGAAGAACAUACAAAAUAUAUAUAUAUCCCAAAGAGUUGUAUAAAUGAUAAUUUCCUUAAUGAGUGUACUCCCUAUUUUUGUGAAAUUAAAAGUUCAGAUGAUAUGUAUCAAUGUGAAGGCCUAGAAAUGAGUGCCGUAAAAAAAAUAAAAUCACAUUCAGAAGGAGAAUUAAUGAGAUUAGAAAAAUCUGUAGCUACACCCUAUAAAGAAUAUUCUCUUCCAUCUACUUAUAUAGCAGCGUCCUUUUUGCCUUUUUUAGUUUUGUUCUUUUUUGUGGGAUGUUAUUUGUAUGCAAUUUUCAGAAGAAACAGAAGAAAAAAAACCAUAACUAAAUCUAAGGAACCAUAA